UCCCCCGGCCACCGGGCCGCACCCACCCCAGGGCCCUUUCUCCUCUUCGUCCAGGCACCGUACUUGGCGUCCUUUUUCUGCCUUCCAUCUCCCCUAGCCUCUUCCCUCUGGCCCGUCACCUCGCUCUUCACCUCCCGCACCCACCCCCCUUUCUCCGAUGCUCCUUGAGAGAGACCAAACAUUGCUGCCCAUUGACGCCGGUCCCCGCCCCCGCGGUGAGAGCUCCAAAGUGACAUCAGGCACAGAGCUGGUGAGCUGUGCGGGGCCCUGGUAUCCGAGCGGCCUCUCCAGGGUCUGUGCGGAUUCUGGGGACUUCGGAGCCAGGCAUUACGAGAGCCAUUUCAGAGCCCUUGCUGACCUCACCAUGCCGGUUGCUGCCACCAACUCUGAGACUGCCAUGCAGCAAGUCCUGGACAACCUGGGAUCCCUCCCCAGUGCCACGGGGGCAGCAGAACUGGACUUGAUCUUCCUUCGAGGCAUUAUGGAAAGUCCCAUAGUGAGAUCUCUGGCCAAGGCCCAUGAGCGGCUGGAGGAGACGAAGCUGGAGGCUGUGCGGGACAACAACCUGGAGCUGGUACAGGAGAUCCUUCGGGACCUGGCACAGCUGGCUGAGCAGAGCAGCACCGCGGCCGAGCUGGCCCGCAUCCUCCAGGAGCCCCACUUCCAGUCCCUCCUGGAGACUCACGACUCUGUGGCUUCAAAGACCUAUGAGACACCACCCCCCAGCCCUGGCCUGGACCCCACGUUCAGCAACCAGCCCGUGCCUCCCGACGCGGUGCGCAUGGUGGGCAUCCGCAAGACGGCUGGAGAGCAUCUGGGCGUGACUUUCCGCGUGGAAGGCGGUGAGUUGGUGAUUGCACGCAUUCUGCACGGUGGCAUGGUGGCUCAGCAAGGCCUACUACAUGUGGGCGACAUCAUCAAGGAGGUGAACGGGCAGCCGGUGGGCAGCGACCCCCGCGCCCUGCAGGAGCUCCUGCGCAGCGCCAGCGGCAGCGUCAUCCUCAAGAUCCUGCCCAGCUACCAGGAGCCGCAUCUGCCCCGCCAGGUAUUUGUGAAAUGCCACUUUGAUUAUGAUCCUGCCCGAGACAGCCUCAUCCCCUGCAAGGAAGCCGGCCUGCACUUCAGUGCUGGGGACUUGCUACAGAUUGUAAACCAGGACGACGCCAACUGGUGGCAGGCGUGCCACGUAGAAGGGGGCAGUGCUGGGCUCAUCCCCAGCCAGCUGCUGGAGGAGAAGCGGAAAGCCUUUGUCAAGCGGGACCUGGAGCUGACACCCACCUCAGGGACCCUAUGUGGCAGCCUUUCAGGAAAGAAAAAGAAGCGAAUGAUGUAUUUGACCACCAAGAAUGCAGAGUUUGACCGCCAUGAAUUGCUCAUUUAUGAGGAGGUGGCCCGUAUGCCCCCCUUCCGCCGGAAAACCCUGGUGCUGAUCGGGGCUCAGGGUGUGGGCCGGCGAAGCCUGAAGAACAAACUCAUCAUGUGGGAUCCGGAUCGCUACGGCACCACGGUGCCCUACACGUCCCGGAGGCCCAAGGACUCAGAACGGGAAGGCCAGGGUUAUAGCUUUGUGUCCCGUGCGGAGAUGGAGGCCGACAUCCGUGCUGGGCGGUACCUGGAACAUGGUGAAUACGAGGGCAACCUGUAUGGCACACGGAUCGACUCCAUCCGGGGCGUGGUCACUGCUGGCCGGGUGUGUGUGCUGGAUGUCAACCCCCAGGCAGUGAAGGUGCUGAGAACAGCCGAGUUUGUCCCUUAUGUGGUGUUCAUUGAGGCCCCUGACUUUGAGACUCUGCGGGCCAUGAACCGGGCGGCGCUGGAGAGUGGGGUAUCUACCAAGCAGCUCACGGAGGCGGACCUGAGACGGACAGUGGAGGAGAGCAGCCGUAUCCAGAGGGGCUACGGGCACUACUUCGACCUCAGCCUGGUCAACAGCAACCUGGAGAGGACCUUCCGUGAGCUCCAGGCCGCCAUGGAGAAGCUGCGCACGGAGCCCCAGUGGGUGCCUGUCAGCUGGGUGUACUGAGCCUGUUCACCUGGACCUCGCCCCCUCUGGGCUGUGACCCAGAACCCUAACUCCAUCCCCUUCCUAACCGUGACCCCAGCCCUGAACCUCAGCUCGCAUCCCUGGCACUCUGGCUCUCCCUGAGUAAUGGCCCUCAGUCUGGCUUCAGCACAGAGGCGUUCACUGCCAGGGAGGUGGGUGUUCAUGGGGUACCUGUGUGCCCAGGUGCUGCCCACCCCCGAUGUCCGUUGGCCACCAGAUGUCCCUCUCCGAGGACCAAGCUGUGCCCAGGAGUGUGUCAGAGUCACUCCUUAGUGCUCAGUCCAGAGAAGAGAAAAGCUGCUUUGGGACCAUGUGGUCAGUAGGUCCACUGCCGCCGCCACCUCUCUCUAGCCACUUUUUCUCCUCUGGACUGGCCACACCCACCCCAUUCCUGGGCUCCUCCCACUUCUCUCUCGCCCCUGGGCCUGAGAGCAGGCCUUAGGCUGGUUCCCUGUGGCCAGGGGAGCACAUAAGUCCCUGGCAGCCAGGCAGGCCUGAUUGGUGGUGCCAGCCUGGUGCCAUCCUGAAGGCUGGAGGAGCCAGAGCACCAGCUGUUGCAACAGCCGGGAAGUGGUGCCACCUCGGCCCCCUCAGAACGGGGCUGGGUCCCACCAGCAAUGCUGCCCUGUCUUUCCUUCAUCCACAGCUUUUCACUGCCGAAGUCUCUCCACAGACUUCUCCAAUGUGCCCCCACAGGCCAACUCUGUUCCCCGCAAGGCAAGUCUGGCACAGGGAGAAUGCUCAGCCCAGGCCAGGUGGGUUGGAAGCUGAGUCCUGUGACGGAGAGCCUGCAGCUUCUGAUGGGAGAGCUCCCGCCCUCUGUGGCCUGUGGUGGGGGAUGGAUCUGGGCUCCCUGUCUGUGGUCCUUGUCCAUGUUGGUCUCUCUGGCCAGGUCCAGAUGGUGCAUUCACAUGAGGGCUGCCUGGGGGGCUGAGGAAAGGUGAGGACCGGGCCAUGGGGCAUGGGCUUGGAGAAGGCCUUUUGUGCUCCAGCAGGCUCCUCACACAACUCCAGGGGGUGCCAUCCACACUGUAGUCUCUGCAGUUCACGGUUCCGCAUGCUGCAAUGCCUGGUCUGUGUUCCUGCCACUGGUGUGUGUCAGGCUCUUGGGAGGGGGAAGCAAAGGAUUGUUUUGCUUUGGAGGUCACUUUUGGGGGCCCCUUCUUUGGGUCCCCUAUCAGCCCCCAUUUCUCAUAAGACCCUUAUUCCAGAGGCUUGGCCCUCCCCGAUGUCUUCCUUCCACCCUCCUGUUGUCCCCCGACCCUCAAUGCCAACCCCCAGUCCUUGGGGAGGGCAAUUGUGUAAAAUAGGAGAAUCUCUUUUAAGAAAAGAAUGCUGUCCUCGACUUCCCCCAGCACCUCAUCCCUCAUCCUUCUCUGUGACCCUUCCCGGCGUGAACCUGUCCUUGUAGGGGACCCUCCCCCCAGUGCCCCCACUCUCAGCCUUUGUGCUCCCCAGUUCUUUGGAGUGUCUAAUCUGUCUUCGCUGCAGUGUCAGCCCACGCUGGCCCCUGAACCACUGUGUGCCCAUUUCCUAGGGAAGGGGAGGGAGAAGAAACAGAAUAUUUAUUACAAAGUUAGAAAUAUAUUUAUUAUAUUAAGGAUCUCAUUUGCAUUUGCAUAGCUCUGCAUCCACUAUGCAGUCAUCUUUAUGCUCUUCUGUUCCCUUUAGUCAAGAUUCUUCUAAUUUAUCCUCCGUUCUGCUCUCCCUUGCUUUACCCUCAGCCUCAGCCCAAGGGGACUGGGAGUGGUAGGAAAAUGGGGUAUCCUGCUGGCCUGAUCCUGGCCAUCAUGUCCUUUGUCCAUCCCCUGAGCCUCACCUGGGAGACCUGGGAGUAGAGGCAGCUGUGCCCUCCUCCUUGGUUAACCUCCAAAGCGCCCUGAUUAGAAGACUAUCCUCUUUGAUGGGAGUGGAGGCUGGGCCCCUCACUGGGGAGUUGGCACUUGGCCCUUCAGUGUGAAUCUCCAGAUGCUGUCCUGGCACUUCCACCUUGGGUGAUGCCUGGGGGGCAGGGCUGGGCCCCUCCUUUCCUGUCUCCAUCCCUCUCUGAACAGCAUCCUACCGCCUCUGCCUCAGCCCCACUCCAGGGACCAGGGCUGGGUUGGAACGGGUGUGUGUGCCUACUGCGUUAGCCCUGGGACUCUAUCCUCCCUCCCCCUACUGUGGACGCUUCUAUUGAGGGACUUCAGGAUAGUGAAGACCCUCCCUACCCCUCUGUCCACACCCAGUCCCAGCCCAGCUGUCCUUCCCUCCUCCCCUCCCUCAGCCAUCCAAUCUUGAGCCUUCUCUCUGACUGGUUUUCUUUUCCUUUGAUUAAACGUGAAAGCGAAGCUUUUGGGCUCUGUCUGUCUUUCUUUGCGGUCGGCAGAUGGCUUCUGGAAGGUGGAGAAUGGAAUGAUUCUGGAAUGGAAGCUGAAGUCACAAGUCCGUGUUCUGUGAUGUCUUCUGAAAUUCCCCAUCCUGCCAUUCCAUGCUCCCCAUACUCAGAAGAUGCUCUUUCUAGUGCUUGUAUUCAGGAGUCUGUACCCAGCAUUCAUGGGGGCCGGGGGACUCAGGCGUCACCCAGAACCUGGUGUGUGGCUUCCAGCAGGUUCCUCUACUUCUCUGGCCAUCAAGUUCAUCCUUCUGAAGUGUCAUGGCCUCUCCCGGAGCUAAUGCUAGGAUUGGUUCUAGGUGCUCAUCAACAGGGGCCAAAGAGAGCUGGUCAAAAUGUCACCCAGGGGUCAGCAUGGGUGUGGGGUUGAGGGAUCAACUUGCCUUCCCGCCGGUGUUCUUCAGGGGAGCCCAGGAUGCUCGCUGAGGAUUCUCAGGACAGGGCUUUGGCUGUUCCCCUUCUCCCUGUGAUGACCAAAUGCAGAACUGGCCCCCCUCCUUUGAUUUCCCCAAAGCAUCUGCUCACACAGGGACAAGUGUGGGGCUGACUUGACUGGUGAUUUGCAGGCAGCCAUCGGGGUUUAUAUCACCCACUUGACAGGUCUGAUGUGAAUUUAGAACCGAAUAUUAAAUACCCCAAUUCUGAAAUGUCCCUUGAUCAUCCCCAGCAAAUAGAAUGUUUUACUGGUCAACUCUUCUCCUGGGGUCCCCCUUUCUCUCUCCAUGUUGCUGGGCCCUCUCCCACCUUUUUCUCUCAUUUCUGGACGACUUUCUUCCCAUCUCCUGGGGCACCCCUAUGAGCUCAAUAUUUCUUUACUAUACCCAGCAACUCAGCACUUGUAUUUCUGAGCUAAUCCAGUGGUUCUCAAUUCUGGCUGCACAUUAAAAUUGCUUGGAGGGGUUAAAAAAAUACAAUUGCCUGGAAUCCAAUCCAGAUCAAUUAAAUCAGAAGUUCAGGAAAGGCUAAUUGCUGCAACUAACAAUCAUAACAUCUCAGCAACUUAACAACUUUAUUGUUCAUUUCUUGCUCACAUCACAUCUGAUGGAGAUCGGGUGGCACCCCUGGUAGUGAUUCAGGGAUCCAGCCUCUUUUUCACAUUGUGACACCACCGUUUUUGACAAGUGAUUCCCCAGGUGUCAUGGAAAAGGAACAGAGAUUAUGUAGGAAGUUGCUGAGGGAUUUUAUGGGCUAGGGCUCUCAACUCACAGCCUUUUGGCCAGAAGCUUGUCACUGGGCCCUGGAUUACUGCAAGGGAGGCUGGGAAAUGUAGUCUUUCUUGGUGGUCUGGAAGAGGAAACAGGAUCUAGCCAGUCUCUACCAGGCUGGGCAUGAACCCCUGGAAGCAGUAUGUUUUGAAGUCUCCCUCAGUGAUCCUAAGGUGUAGCCAAGUUUGCUGGCCACUGUGCAUCUGUUUUGGCCAUACCUGUGCGAUGGACGGAAUUCCCUGUUACAUUCUAGAAGUUAAGCCCUGGCCAGUCGGUCUCAUUGUUUGCAAAUACUUUCUCCCAGUCUGUAGAUUGUCUUUUUGUCGGUGGCACUAUAUCAUGUACACACGAACACCGUGCGGAGAGAAGCGAAGCAGUUCUCUGUUUAUUGGUUCUUGGAAAGGGUUUAUAUCGGACAAGCAUGAUGCCUCACAUAUCAUCUAAGUUAUGACAAUGUUAAUAGUCUUAAUCUAUUUAGGUCCCCAAGUUCCUGCAGUAAGUACAGGAUGUUACAUGAUCAAGGACAGGUUGUUUUAAAGUUCGUCACGAAACUUCAUUACAUAGGCCGUCUCUUAUCCCGCCGGCUGUGCCUGUCUUAGGUUGUCCUCCUCUGAGGAUCUUACCCAUCAUUGGCUGUCCAGCCAUCCGUACUGGAUACAUGACAUUCCUCACAGCUUGUUUAUCAGUUCAGCCCAUGGCUUAUUCUCUAGAGCCUUCAGGCGGAGGCCUACAUUUCCCCCUUUUUUUUUUAUUAUUAUAAAGCAAGGAAACAACCCUGUUGUGCAGAAGCAAGCAAUCCCAUCAUAACAAGAGCUUGUUGUUGAGCGUCCUGUUGCUUACGUAAAUUACAUAUCCAUUUUAAAAGAUAUAACAAGGCAGUACAGAUCAAUAUAAGCAUGCCAAUAUUAAUAAAAAUGCGUAAAUUAAGCUCAUUAAACCAAUUUUCAGGCUUAAGCCAAUGCAAUCCGUUUUCAGCUUGCUCAAGUACAUUCUGUGCAAAAGCAUCAUGGAUAUUAUGUAAUCGAGUCUCCAACUGAUCUUGUAAAAAGUUAAUUAUGUUCUCCCAAAGAAUCAUUAAAUACUCCUUAUAAA